GAUCUACUGAAAACACCCCCUAAGGAAAAGCCUAAAACCAGACAGAAUGUCCCUACAAAACCCAAACUUGUCCAAGAGCCUGAAUCAAAAGAAAGUCCAACAGCAAGAUACACAGAAAAACCUAAACAAAAUGAGACAUCUGAUGAAAAUCCCUCACAUGUGUCUAAUUCUAAUCAAGAUUUAAUAACUGGAAAGAAGACCAUGCCUGAUUUACUGAAAACACCCCCCAACCAAAAGCCUAAAACCAGCCAGAACAUUCCCGUGAAACCUAAACCCACCCAAACGUCUGAAUCAAAAGACAGUCCAACAGCUAGCUACACAGAAAUACCUAACCAAAGGGAGACAUUUGAUGAAAAUCUCUCAUACAUCUCCAAUUCUACUCAAGAUUCAACAUCUGGAAAAAAGACCAUGCCUGAUCUACCAAAAACACCUGGCAACCAAAAGCCUAAAAUCACCCAGAUCAUCCCUACAAAACCCAAACCUGUCCAAGAGCCUGAAUCAAAAGAAAGUCCGACAGCUAGUUAUGCAGAAAAAGCUAAACAAAAUGAGACAUCUGAUGAAUAUCCCUCACACGUCUCUAAUUCUAAUCAAGAUCCAACAUUUGGAAAGAAGACCAUAUCGGAUCUAAUGAAAACACCCCCCAACCAAAAGCCUAAAGCCAGACAGAAGAUCUCCACAAAACCCAAACCUGUCCAAGAGCCUGAAUCAAAAGAAAGUCCAACAGCUAGCGACACAGAAAAACCUAAACAAAAGGAGACAUCUGAUGAAAAUCCAUCACACAUGUCUAAUUCUAAUCAAGAUCCAACACCAGGAAAGAAAACCAUGCCUGAGAUCAUGAAAACACCCCCCAACCAAAAGCCUAAAACCAGACAGAACAUCCCUACAAAACCCAAACCUGAUCAAGUGCCCAACCAACCAAGCCAUUCAAAACCUGGGACAAGCUUCAAGCCAAAACCGAAUGUAAGGCCCAAAACUGGCCCCAAACCACCAGAAACCAGUCACAACUUUAAAACACCUAAGCUUGGAGAAACGCCUAAUCUGAAUGCCAAGCCUGCACCUCGGGCAGAGUCCAAUAGAACGUCAAAACCAAGGCUUCCCUUCAUUUACCGACCACGAAGCAUGCCUACAGUUAGGCCAGGAGCACCACCAGUUCAAAGGCCAAAACCAGCAGUGCAACCAAAGCUAAGUCCAAAGACCAAAACAGAUCCACCUAACACCAGCUGGACUACUUCAGAUUACACCCAAACCUCUCAAAUCAACACGCCUUCUACAUCUGGCCCCAUAAAGCAUACUGCUGAAGUGACUCAUUCCCCAGGGGACAGAGAGUUCAAUCCCAGUCUAAGUAAAACUGUCACUCCAGGUCCAAAGACCUCCAACAGUCUGGAAAAUGGAGCCUUCCCUCACCUUCAAAGUCAGCCUAAAGAUUCCACUAUGAGCCCAAACAACAGGAUUGUGUCUGAUCUGAGGCCACAAACAGCCAGUCAACCAGCAUCAAUCCCAAUGACAACAAAGCCAAACAAAAUCAUCAGUGGGAUCCUCACAAGUGUUAUCCCUAGCACCACUCCAGGAUCCUCAAAGUCAAAGACAAAUUCUGGCUCAGACACACAAACUGAGAAACAUCACAAGAUGGAAGAAAUAGCUCCUGCAUUCUCUACAUCUCCUUCUCCCAUAUCUCACACCAUCUCUCCACCCAGCCCUGACUUCAGGUCAACAACUGCGACCACCCCUGGCCCCGAGCACCCCGAGCUCGCUGCCGAGGCUUCCACUCCCAGUGCACGUGAGUUACGAGUGAAAAUCAACCAGGUGGCUGCUUUCUUCAAUAAUAGCCUGAGUCCUAAUGGCAGACCACCAAACAUACACCACAAAGACCACUCAGAAGAGAACCAGGGAGGCAUCAGGCCUGACAACACGGACGGCAAACUGCCAACAGACAAACCACCUAAAGUUACCAUGCUACCGAGAGACUGCUCAGAUCACCUGCUCAGGGGAAAAACAAAAAGCGGGCUUUACCUGGUGACCCCUGACCUCCGCACUAGUAGCUUCUCGGUGUACUGCGAGAUGGAGCAGGAGGGUGGAGGGUGGACCGUCCUGCAGCGCCGCCAGGACGGCAGCGUGAACUUCAACCGCACCUGGGCAGAAUACCAAUCCGGCUUCGGGGAGCUUGACAGAGGGGAGUUUUGGCUGGGCAACAACAUCAUCCACCUGCUGACCCGCGACAGGGAGAUGGUGCUGCGGGUGGAGCUGGAGGAUUUUGACGGGUUGACGGGGUAUGCGCAGUACGAGCAGUUCAAGGUGGCCAGCGAACGCCUGCGCUACAGACUGACAGUAGGCAGUUACUCGGGCACCGCAGGUAAUGCUCUCCGCUUCAGCAAAAAGUACGAUCACAGCAACAGGGCGUUCACCACGCCGGACAGGGACCACGACCGCUACCCCUCCGGGAACUGCGGGGCCUACUACAGCUCCGGCUGGUGGUUUGACGCCUGCAUGAGCGCAAACCUUAACGGGAGAUAUUACGACGGGAGGUACAAAGGUGUGCGGAAUGGGAUUUUCUGGGGGACAUGGCACAACAUAUUAUCAGAGUACUACCCCACCAAUGAGAGACAGUCUUUUAAGAGAGUGAGGAUGAUGAUCAGACCUAAAGACUUUGUGCCAUAAGAUGUGCUGGGAAAAGAAAACAAGGGUUUAAAUACCAUCGUCAACGAUAAGCCCGCAGGAUACUCCAUAAAAGUUUAAUGAAAUCUAGUGUACGCUCCACACUAUUUAACCAGUAAGGCAAUACUGCCGCCCUGUGGUGUUUUCUAUAAUGUGUUGUUUACAAUAACAGGAUGUAUAUACUAGUGACAAAAGCAGGGUUGCCUAGUUUCUUUUAUAACCUUUCCAUAAUAAAGUGAUAACAUUGCUUUUGUCGAGAGGGGAAUUUGAAAAUGAAGGAAAUCUUCAUGUGAAGAGUUAUUUUUCUACCAGUGAUAUGAAUCCAAGGUGACCAGGUGCCCCACUUCACGGCAUGGCAUGUUUAUCCUUUUGCCCCCCUCCACUCCAAUCAAGGCCCCGCAUUUUAAGAAACAUGUGGCUCAGACAGAGAUGUGGCGAUCCGUGGAUGCGUCCUUAUCAAACAGAAAUGACAAGUAGGAGUAUUAGGACUGUAGAAUAAGGAAAUAUAGGAGUGCACAAAGACUAGAAAGCUCGUUACAUACGCAUCGGUUUCAAAUAAAUCGUCAUUCCUAUCACACCGAUGCCAACCCUGACACCAGCAUAGUUUUUGUGUAAUUAUUUGUAUUUAUUUCGUCAGUAACAAAACAAAUGGUUUGCCCCACAUGUAGUAUGUUGGGAUCUGGUCACCGUGACGGGUAUGUAGCAUAAGAGACUUUUAUUACAUGUACUGGAAGGGCAGUUCAUAGAUUGAAGCUGUCUGUGGUGUGUUGAAUGCUUUUGUUUCGUUAAAAUGAAUAAAAUGAGUUU